AUGCUCAAACAAUAAGACUUGGCCGAAAAGUAGAAAGAGAUUUGCCUCAGAAAUUCAAAAACCUUCGAACUCUUCGCCACAUGUAUGGAAAGACAUGAAGGCAAAAUUGACAACUUUGCAAAAUACCUAUCCAUCAAAAUGCUAUUCAUCGAAAAACAGGCUCUUGAAUGUUACAAAGGAAAUACUAACGAUAGGGAAUAUGAAAGAUGUCAUCAAAGAAUCGAAUCAUAACUACAUGAUGUCUAUAAUGAUUACUACUAAGGUUUACUCAACCUCUGA